AUGGCUGUGAGCUUCGAUGAGGUGGCGGUGUAUUUCUCAGAGGAGGAGUGGGCGUGUCUGGAGGAGUGGCAGCGCCGGCUGUAUAACGAGGUCAUGAAGGACAAUGUGGAGUUGGUGACCUCAGUGGGUCUUCUCCUGCAGGCACUCAGGUUUUCUAAAAUGGGGCCAGAAGAGACACCCCAACUGAUAAAAAGAGAAAACUUGCCCCGGAAAGUCCACCAUGGUAAGACAUAUGGAGAUAUUGAUGGAAAGGUGUGGGGGGAGGGGGUGGAUAAAAGGCAAUUGGGAGUAGAGGACAGACAAGGAGAAGCCUAGAUGGGUAUAUAUGGGGG